GUUACACAAGUGGCUGCACUAUACAGGGUGGUCAACCGGUGGCUCACACGUCGAUGCUCCGUUUGUCGAGUUGUCUGUCGGCGGCGGCAGAGAUCGCGCGUUGCAUGUCGAUGGUGUCGCCGGGUGGCGGGUGAAUAUCGGCGGUAUCGGGAGCGGCUGAUCCCCUCUUUGUGCGUCGCGUGGCUUGUCGCGGGGGCGCGGGGUGCGGGGCGCGGUGCGGUGGGGGCGCAGGGUGGCAGGGGUCGGCACGCGGGGCAGCAGUUUAGUCGCGGCACCCGACCGGGGAGGACGUGUCGCGAGUGAGUGUUAGUGCAGUGCGGCUUCGUGUCCCGACUCGAUGCGACGUCCGUGGAGAUGAGAGCUGCGCGCGAGUCGCGCUCGCCGCCGACCUUCUGUCUCGCUCGCUCCCCCCGCCCCCAGCAUGCUGCACGCUCAUAGGCCGAGCGCUGCACGCCCACUCCCCGUGCGGCGCACGCGCACCCUUCUCUACACACUCCUCUACUUCACCUUCCUCGCUGGCUUCCCCUUGUCUCGCGCGAGCUCAUGGUCGAGCUCGGAGCGAGCGCCGCCCGCGCCGGUCGAGGCGGCCGACGUCGUGCGGGACGCGCCGCUCUACCCCGUGCUGCGGGACGACGCGACCGACGCGACCGACACCAGCACUCCCUGCAUCGACACAGAACACGCGGGCGGCGCCAGGAGCAAGCGUGCUAGCGCGCAGGACUGGGAGAGAGCGCCCAAAACGCACGUGCCGGAGCGGCGCGUGAAGACGGGCGACACGAUCCUGAACAUCCGCGGCGCGGUGCGGGACGCCAUCGGCGACGCGGGCGCAGCGCCCGGCCCGCGCGCCUCCUCGCGCCUCGACACCUUCGUCAUCCGGCCCGCGCAGGCGCAGCAGCAGCGCAAGCCGCAGCACGACCAGCCCGCGCCACACAUACCGCACCAGGUGCCGAAGUACGAGCGUGAGCUGCUGGUGGAGGCGCAUGCGCGUGCGCGCAUCGAGUGUGACGUCAGCAACGGUAGCGAUGUACGGUGGUACAAGGACGGGGAGCCGGUGGUGGCGCGAGCCGGGGGCGCGCCCGCGGGGGGCGAGGGCGUGUGGCGGGACGGGGGCGCGCUCAUAGUGGGUCGCGCCACGCGCGGGGACGCAGCCGCCUGGCGGUGUCUGUACAGCGACCACUCGGGGAAGACCAUUUCCGGCAAGCCUACCAAGCUGCUCAUAUACGAGCCGGUGCGCGCCGUGUACCUGGCGGUGGACGGGCGGCGCCUGGACGCCGGCAACACCUGGGUGCCCGUGCGAGACAAGACUGAGCUGGAGGUGCGCUGCGUGGCGGAAGGUGGCGUGCCGCCCCCCGAGCUGUCGUGGCGGCUGCUGGCGCUGGAGCCGGCGCUGGACCACCGCCCCUACCUGCGCAUCCACCACACCAACUACUCCAUCGAGGGCGUGUCGGUGUCGCACGCGGUGGUGACGGCGGCGCGCGAGCUGCACAACGCGACGCUGCAGUGCGACGCGCGCCAGCGCACGCCCCCCACCAGCCCCGGCAGCCCCGCGGCCCCCGCCGCCCCCGCCAGCCCUAGUGCUGCGCCGGCGCACCUGCUUAGCGCUAAAUUAGAGAUACACGUGACAUACCCGCCGUCGUUCGUGAUCUCCCGGUGGCCUGGGUUCGGAGUGUCGCUGUCUGCGGGCGGCGCCGCGGCGCUGCGCUGCGACGUGGACGCCAACCCGCCCGCGCGCGCCUGGUGGCUGCGGGACGACGCCAACCCCACCAGUUCCCCGCCGCCGCUGGAGGCGGGCGACGAGGGCGCGCGGGGCUCGGCCACGCUGCGCUGGGCGGCGCUGCGGGGCUCGCACGCCGGCUGGUACCGCUGCCGCGCCACCUGGCUCGACACCGAGUACUCCUCCAUCGGGUACUACCUCAACGUCAUGUCGGCCGAGGAGAACACGGAGACUGCCACUGAACCGGAGGCGGAGCCCGAGGAGCCCGACCACCAGAAGGUGGAAGUACCACUCGGCGGGAACGUGCAGCUACACUGUCCUAAAGGGAGCGUGGGCUGCUGGUGGCGCCGCGUCGUCGGCAACUCCAGCGAGAGCUGGGCGCCGGCCGGCUCGCACCACGCGCACGGCGUGCUGGGUAUUAAAGACGCGUUGUACCAGGAGGGGGGCGAGUACCGCUGUGUGGGGGCGCGCGCGCCAGACCUCAUGCGGCUGCGGGAGCUCAAGCGAGUUACGCUCAAAGUCACCGGCGGCGCCACGGCGACGGCGCUGAGCGCGGAGCCGGCCAACGGCGGCUGGCGGCUGGAGUGCGGCGCGUGCGGGCGCAACGUGCGCGUGGUGUGGGUGCGGGCCGGGGGCGCGGGCGGGGGCGCGGGGGCGGCGCCCGCGGCGCUGUCGCCGGACCUGGCGCAGCACUGCUGGCGCGCCGUGCUGCACGUGCUGGAGCCGGACGAGGUGUGGUGCGUGGCGGCGGCGGGGGGGUCGGGCGCGGUGGCCGUGUUCCCCCGCCGCGCGCCGCACCCCUCCCCCGCGCCCGCGCGACACACGGUGCGCGCGCUGCACAACGCGGCCACACACACACACGCGGCCACACACACACACGCGCGCCACCUGCUACUGCUGGUACUGCUGGCGGUGGCCGGGAUGCUGCACUGAUUUCGUCCCGAGUGCUGAUUAGACACUUGCGCCUUGAAUCCAUUGCUGUGGAAGGAUUGGAAGAACAGCUGUCACUAUGGAGUCCGAAAUGCAGAGCAAGCGACGUCACUGUGGAGGGGCGCGAGUGUGGGUACUGUAGCGUGUACUGGACGUGGCUGUGUCCAGGUGCGAGUGUGUGGGUGCGGUGGACCCAGGUGCAGUGACUAGUGACGUCAUCAGUGUGAGUGUCACAAACCGUAGCAUUCUCGUGAAUGUGUUGUUACUCGUCCAAGACGAGCUGACUUGUCAGUCUAUCUCCUACUCUAGUCUUCGUAGCUACCUACUGUAUUACAUUAUUGGUUACUCUAGCGUGUCUGUACUCGUAUGUAUGUAGGACGCGCGCACUGGCGCCACACCUCGAAUGGGAGUGGUGCCAGUGCGCGCGUGUUGGCCUAACCCUUGUGUCCUGAGUUGUAUCUUCUCUCCACCUUCCUGUAUCCUCUUGUUUUCUAACGUAAUUUAUAAACAGGAAUCGAAUGUGCCAAAUUGUUGAUAUUUUUAAUAUUUAACAUAGAUGUUCUUAUUGAUUAUUAUAAAUAUAUGGUCGAUUAUUACGUUAUGUUCGUGUUUAUGGAAUGUGAAUUACUAGUGCAAUGUGAACACCAAAUGAUAUGAGAUUAUAACAUGUAAUGUAAGUGAGAGUUAGGUCGGUGUGCUGGCUCCAGUGACGCGGGUGUGAGCCGCGCCGCGCCCGCCCCGGGGGCGCGGGGGCGCAGGGGACGGGGGCGCGGCAUGUCUAGCAAUAACUCACACAGGGCGUGGGGGCGCGGCGCGCGGCGCGACUCCUCGCGUCAGCCAGCACACGCUAUUAUAUAUUUUAUAUAGAUGUCAAAUUCUUAAAGUAUAAAUAAAUACUGUGUAUCAUAGCUUAAACUGAAUCAUGUAAAUUUCGAUGUCAAUUUUAGUCGUCCGUUUAGAUCGGAUGUUUUGUAUGGACAAGAUACUAAUAAUAUUUGCUACCACAGUUUUUGCAACAAUCUCGUAGUGUAAGGAGUUUGGUCAAAUGUUGGCGUUGGUGUUGGCGUUGGUCGGCCAGGUUGGCCGCCGGCGCGUGUUACGUUGUUUAGUUGCGGAGUCAGUCUCGGAGUUUCGUUACGUUCGCCGCCGCACACUGUGAUAGCGCCGCGGCCGCGCCCGCACUGCCGAGUGUCCGUGUGUCGCAGAGAUUACUCUACCAGUUGUCGUUAGUUCGUUAGCUGUAGCGAGAUGUAUUUUUGUAUGUCUGAGCGUUUAUCGUCAAUUGGACAAUGAGUUUUGGGAAGUAAAUGUAAUUAUAAUUAAUAUAGAGGCGCGCUGUGCGCGUAUACAAACACGUUGUUUCGUUCGUACCUGGAUGAUGAUACAAUGAUCCGUCCAUGCGGAGUUCGAUGUAGUUAGUUAAGGAGCCUCGUAGUUCCCUCGCGUCCCGCUCCCCCGCACUGUCGCGUGUAGCCGCCUGUACUCUUGUAGGCUGUCGUCUUUCGCCACUCUCUCGGACACCCUGUCUCCAUCCCUCAUCUCUCUCUCUCUCCUUGUCUCCCUCACGACCUCGUGACUCUCUCCUCUGUCGCUUGUUAUGUUCUUCCGAGGCCCACUGCAGCCACUGUCCUGCAGGCAGUGGUGUCGGUGGGCCCCCGCUGGUAGUGCGCCCCGCGGCCCCGCACCUAUCGUCCUCCGCCGCGCGGCCCGCUGGCUGCCCACCCGCGGGCCCCGCGCGGGCCCCCGUAGUGGGCCGCGGGCCGCGCGGUCGCUCGUCCUCUUCAGUUUCGUGUUUAGCGUCCAUUCGAUACUACUGUGUCGCAUCUCGGUGCCAACAUAAGUUAAUAGAUCAUAAUAUAUAUUUACAUUUUAUUAUAUACAUUUUAUUAUUUACUUUGAUAUUGAAUGUACAGAAUCCAUAUAUUCAUCGCCAUGUGUUUAUGGAAAUCGUAUACCGGAUAAAAUAAAUGAUAAAAAAAUA